GAGGGGACCUGCUCGCUGCCACAGCCUGAGAGCAUCCUUUUCUUCGCUUUCUUAUCAUCCCCACCAAAACACUAGCAGGAUGACGGAAAAUCAUGAGGAUAGCAUCUCUCUGCUGCCCGGUUUGCGGUAGAAAAUCGUUCCGUUUUCCAUCUGGCGAGCGUUACUCUGCACAGAAGAGCAGACAUUAACAGCCUGUCUGUGGAAACGAGAAGAAUAUAGUUAUCCUGAGCGGAGCGAGCUGGGCUGAGCCUCUAGCUUUUUUUUUUUAGUGUUUUUUUUUUCAAUUUUUUAUUUGUUUUACAAAUUUGCAACAUUUUCAUUGACAGUUUUUUAAUUUUUACAUUUCUCUUCGGCUCCUGCGAAUAAUCAAAAAACCCCAGUGGUGCUCCAGCAAAGAAGAUGCACAGAUACAAGUGUUGGCUUGACAACAUUGAGGUGCCUCAGCCAUUCCUGGUUUAAGACUACUGGCCGAGAUUUCAGCAUCUUGAAGAUCCCCAACCAAGGAGCUCUGCACAUGAAGAGGUAAUCUCGACUGAAAUGUCAGCUGACUCUGUUCUCUACACACAGAUGAAUGUUUGUCACCACUGGGAUCACUUACUGCAUGAAAGUUGGACUGGUUUUUAACACUGGGAUAAUAUAUGACUGCAGCUGCGACCUGAUACUGGAAUAUGAUCACAUGCCCAUAUCAGCAAAGUUCUAUCUACACCGGGGCCUUAUGUAUUAGAUUACAUUGAACUUAUCAUUAGCUCUUAUUUGCCACAUCUACAUUAAAGUACAUUAGUCUCUUGAUCAAGGAGCUCCUGGAGUCCAUUCUGAGAAAAACAUUUUAGUGCUUUUGUCAUGCUGGGAAUCUCAGAACACACCAGAAACAAGCUGGCAGCUCAGACUUUAGCUAACGGUGUAGCCUCCCUGUCCUCAUCAAUGACCCCAUGACCCCUGCAGAAGUCAGAUAGUCGGGUAUCAGCGAACCACAUGUCCUUAUCAGUGAUCUAAUAGCAGCGGAUAUUGCCCCACAUGUCCGUCGGGAUGAGUGCAUGCCCUUAGCCGCGCCACGCCAGCUUUGUCGUGGCUGGCCGUCGCUGGCCGGUCACCUUCCUCGGCCAUGACCCGGUUGAUGUUGGGCCGGACUCUGGAGCGCAUCUGUAAAGGCGUCCUGCUGCUCUGCUUGCUCCACUUCCUCAUCAUGAUGAUCCUGUACUUCGACGUCUACUCGCAGCGCUUCGACCUCUUCAGCCGCUUCAACAAUGGGCGCAACGGGUCCAGGAAUAACGUUAGCGGAGCAGCGGGGAGCGGACAUCAUUUUUACUAUUACAACCUUUCCAGGCCCAAUGCAACAUUAGCCAGCUACAUGGCCACGGGCGAGCAGCUGGUGCCGAGUGCACAGCCCGAGACCAACCAGACGCCUUCCCCGAAGCCGCUGCCACCGUGCCCUGAGAAUCCGCCUGGCCUGGUGGGGCGUUUGUUGAUCGAGUUCAGCUCCCAGAUGACGAUGGAACGAGUGCAGAAAGAAAACCCCAAUGUGACGGAGGGAGGCCGCUACACGCCUCCUGACUGUCGGCCUCGAUGGAAGGUUGCCAUCAUCAUCCCAUUCCGUCACAGGGAAAACCACCUGAAGUACUGGCUCCACUACCUCCACCCUAUCCUUAGACGUCAGAGGAUCGACUACGGCAUCUACAUCAUCAACCAGUUGGGUGAGGACACUUUCAAUCGUGCCAAGUUGUUGAAUGUUGGCUACACGGAGACUCUGAAGGAUGCAGAGUACGACUGCUUCAUCUUCAGCGAUGUGGACCUGAUCCCCAUGGACGACCGCAAUCUCUACCACUGCUAUGACCAGCCGAGACACUUUGCCAUCGCCAUGGACAAGUUUGGCUUCAGGCUGCCCUACGCAGGAUACUUUGGAGGAGUUUCAGGCCUCAGUAAAAAGCAGUUUCUGAAGAUCAACGGCUUCCCAAACGAGUACUGGGGCUGGGGAGGGGAAGACGACGACAUCUACAAUAGGAUCACUCUGAAUGGGAUGAAGGUGUCCAGGCCAGACGUUCGCAUUGGCCGCUACAGAAUGAUUAAACACGAGAGAGACAAACACAACGAGCCCAACCCACAGAGAUUCAAUAAAAUUCAGAACACGAAGAACACAAUGAAAAAGGACGGCAUCAGUUCUCUGACCUACAGAGUGGUUCAGGUCAAGAGGUACCCUCUCUACACAAAUAUCUCUGUGGAGAUCGGCAAACCGCCACCUAGGCCUAUUAAGGGCUAAAAAGAGAGAGUGACAGAGAAGAAGAAGAAGAGGAGGAGGAUGCCCAUUGAUUUCAGUCAAGAGAGGGGGAAAAGAUGAGUUUGAGGAGAGCUUCAUGGAUGGAAAUAAAGAGAAGACAUAUCCUAGACAGAUGUGGGAGUGGAGGAGAGAGGGAAAAGUCACAAGCACACCAUAGUCUCUCUCUCUCUCUCCUCUUCUUUACCCAUUUCUCUGUUUCUUUGAGAUUUCAGCUUGCCAUUUCUGUAACCAGGACUCAGGCUCUUUCCACCUACGACUUUUUUCAAACAGCCAAUGGCAGGCUUCACACCUCCUACCUUUACUUCAGAAUUCAAAAGUGGGGACCAAAGUUGAAAUAUCAGUCACUAACAAAGGUUGGCAUCCAACUUGGAGCUGAAACUUGGAGGCUUUCUAUUAACAAACAGUGAACUGGAGGACAUCCAAUGGCAUAUUGACAGGGGAUGUUGACAGGAAGUAUUGCUGAGAGAUUAGAGAUGAGAUGAUAACAUUCUUUGAAACUUUGGAAAGUUUUCAAGGCCUUUUCCAAAACUCCGGACAGCAUCCAAGGUCAUAAAAACCAAUGACUGUAGCCAUGAGAAAAAUGAGCUUACCACAUGGAUACUAAGACAAUGUGAGUGACAAAUGGAUACAAGAUGUGGUACCUGCUGGUUGGGAAAUGAAAUAUCAGGAAAAGAAAUGGACCUGGUGCGUAGCGAACCUUACAAACGCCAUCAAAGACGUCACCUUCCAAGCAUUUACAGUGAUGGUUGGUAGAAGAAGGUUUUCCAUUUGAGGCUAAGUGACAUAACAUGAUGACAUGCAGUGAUGGUCCAUUGAAUUGUAUCAGAUAGUUUGCAUAUCAAAGAUAUCAGCUGACUCUUAUCUUUAAAAAUGCUGAUAUUGGACAGUUCACAUAUUUACGUGUUUUUUUGUCAGGGAGUCACCUGUCUGGAUCUAAUUACUCAAUCAAAUCCGGUAUCAAUUAAUGAAUGUGUAUUGUGCCUGCAUCUACCGCAGAAGACUAAAACCAACGCUGGGACACGCUGACGAAACGUGUUUGAUCAUCGUCAACAGCAACAAACACCUGAGAACUCUGUUUUUGUUCUCUUUUUUAUAUAUAAAUUAAAACUUCAGAAACGGAUUUAUUGGAGUGACGUAGAAGUUCUGCAAGAUAUGAAAAGUUUUCUCCGGUGCUGAAUGCAGUUUGCUAGAACUACCUUGGGAAUGCGAUUGAUAUCAGAUUGAGGAACUGAAGACAACAAGCCAGAUAUAUACUGACAGCUCAGUUAUGAUUUUAACCCCAUGUGGCACAUAUUGGAGGUUAUGUUUCUGGAAACUUAAUGUUUUUUCACUCCACUUGAAGAAAGAUGAAGGUUAAUUAUGGUGAUCUGUGCAUUAAAGAUCCUUUUUUGUUGUUUCUGCAAAAAUAUAAAAGAUGCAAAUGGGCUUCUUCAUUGGUCUUUAGGGUAAGGAUUUGUUUAAGUCAAUAUAUGCACUUUUUUAUUAGAAGAAUUGACAUAUAAUCUAUUUUCUGAACAUAUUUAGGAGCACAGAGGGAUAAACAUCAGAAAUGAGCUGUCAGGAUAGACUCAUGGCUCAUGUUUUUUGUAGGCAGGAAGUUGUGGGAACAAAAGCUGACUCUUGUGAGAAGAAAUGCCUUUUCAAGGUCAUUUUUUAGCCUAUAAUAAAACCUGAAAGUCAGAUUUUUUUAAAUUAUCACAAGUCACUAAAACUCUAUUAAUACUAUUACUAUACCAUUUUCCCGCUAUCUGUUUCUCUCAAUAUUUAAGAAAAAGACUAUCAUAUCCGGGAGGAGGAAAUUAUAAAGUCGUACUCUCCUGCUGUUGGAAAUUAUGAAUUUUAAGGCAGUAAUGAGACAUUAUUCUUUGAGCAGUUUGAUUGACGUUUCUAUUGCUGCUUCAGAAUUUAUCAUCAUCAUCAUCAGAUGUCAGUUUUAUAUGGUAAUCUAUUUUAUCAUACUUUCAGACUUCAGAGGUGAUGGGCUUAAUGAAUCAAACAUUCAGAGUUACAUUUUUUUACUGAAACUGUUUGAAUUUUAAAACUGUUUAUUGUUUGAUGAGUUUCAUAAAGUUUCCCUUUGUGACAGAUAAAAUAACCAAAUAUCUGAUUAUGAUUCCCUCCAUUAUCAUAUUGAAGCCUUUGACUGUUUUAUGCUUUGAUACAUCUAAUUCAUCAUUCUUCUCCCUUUGUUUUGUUCCUCCUUGUAUCUACUUUUGAUGCUGACGCCUAAAUGCCAAACUGAUGCCUUCAGUAAUUAUCUUAACUAAGGGGCUGGGAAGGUUAUUUUUAUUAUCUUUAAUUCACAUCUCAUUCUUUUUCGGGGGUAUGAUGUGUGCUUUAAUAUGAGUAAGAUAGUUAGAUUUCACAAACAUUUUAAAGAAUGAAAAACCUACACAACACAUUUCCUACUUCCUACAUUUGCAUCAGACAGCUAACAUAUUGAAGAUUCGUGUGCUGUUUGGAUUUUGUAUCAUGCAGAGCAAAUUUGGGCUUUUAUCCUGGCGAAAAUUGCGUAUUGUUGGCCUUAUCCUGAUCAGCCUUGAGGCAAAAAUGUUCCCAUCUGUUUGGCUCUUCAUUAUCUUCGCCUCAGGCUUGUUGGAAGGUAUGAUUGCGUCUCUCUUCAUCACACACUCCCAGACACACAUUCACAGUCUUCCCUGUUUUUUGCAUCGUCUCCCCUUUCAUUGCCUUUUCUUUCUUACUCUGCCAGUCAAGUCUCUAUGUGUCAAUGGCACACUGUUGUGCUUUGCGGUGGGCCCACUUCAGGCACAGCUGUGGCUCACAAGAGCGUUUCUUCUUUCAAUAGAUAUCGACAGGGCCUCUCUUUGUGUUUCUGAGUCUAUGCCAGUCACUGUAUCUUUACUUUUCCAUCUAUUCUCUCCCUCACAGAACACAUCCCCAUUGGUGAAUCUCUGUCUCCCCCUUUGUUUUUCAUUCUGUCCCCCACUUCAUCAGAUUCUCUUUUUCCACUUCACCCUCCCCGCUGUUAUACUCUCCUGGUGUGAGUUUCAGUAUCCUCAGUAGUCACACUACACAUGGAGAGGUCAAUACAAUCUCUCCUCUAUACUGUUUACAGCUUACUCUGUGCAAUACAGUUUCCUCCGCCUCUACAAUAUUUGACAAGCCACUGUUUUAAAGUGGGAUAUGAGGUGAUAAAAAUGUUUUAAAGGAAUAGUUUGACAUAUUAAUACUACUCUCAUAUCUGUAAAUGUCGAGCUUACUGUUACAGCCAUUAGCCAGUUAGCUUAUGUUAGCAUGAAGACUGGAGACAGGAGAAAACCAAGCCCCCAGAGACAGUGCCAGGCUUUGACGCCAAUUUGACAUAGUGGCCAAACCGUGUAAUUACAACAUCACAUGAUGCUAUUGGGCCCAAAAAGACUU